AUGGCGAAUCCUGACGCGGACAUGGACGAUAUUCCUGGUGAGCCAGUAUUGGCCAAGGAUAGCCCUCAUACCUGGGCCAAGGUGACUGAUCUCGCGCUCCGGCACAUGGCGCGCGUACCUAGGCCACCCACCCAUCCCGAGGACGCAUCUCUCGAGGAUCGCGUCCACUCCUCAGGCGAGACCAUGGCGGGCCACAUGCAGCAGCUAGUGAACAGCAACGCGCAUAUUCCGGCCUCUGUGCGUGUGCCCAAGACCUGGAUGUUGAUCGACAUAGAUAUGAACAGGAUCUCUGCUCCCCUCACGCGUCGGCCCUCGGACUUCUAUGUCGGCGGAUCCCUGGCCUGGACGUGCCCCAAACACGACUGUGUCUACACGAUUUUCCUCGAAGACCUGUCUCCCGAUCAGCGCAAGUUAGUCAAAGACGCGACUCGCGGCGUCAAGAUAUGGUUCUUCCAAACCGAAAACGACGUCGCCGCCGCCGUGCCCGAAUUUUUCCGCGAGGUCAUUGAUAUCGUAGCCCUGGCCCACUACGAAUCCGCGCACUUCGCAGGACUGCUCAUACACCACGUCAUUCACGGUCAAGACGCACAAGGACGCAUCUUGUAUCACUGGCAGCUCAACAACAUGAGCACGGAGUUCAAGAAGAAGACUGUCCGCGGCUGGGAGGCCAGACGCUACGAGGAGAUCUGUCGCGUGAACGUUCAACGGGGUCUUGCGCAGGAUGCGCGCAACAUGGCCGACAGUUUGAUUCGCACUGCUAAAGAAGGUGACAAGAGCGCGCGCGAACGUGCACGCGCUAGAGCGGGCUACCAGAUACGCGAAGAGUACCGCGUUCUCCUGGACCUCAAGCGCCCUCAGGGACUCUUCGACGCGCGCGCGUCGCUGUACGAAGGACGCCCGGAAAACAACAGGAUCGUGUACGGGCCCAUUAGCGCCAUGAAACGCGUGCACGCUACGGCCUUUGAAGCCGGUAACCGCACAGAGGAAGCUCUUGCCGAGAGGGAUGCGCUACGCGCCACUGCCGACGCGCUCAAGGCCUAUUGGAAGGAUGGAGAGGGUGCGAAGCGAUUGGUGAGAAGGGAGAAUACGUAUCAGAUGCCCGCCCUGGCUUCUCUACUGCGCUGUCGUCGUCUCGUACAACGCGGCAUCUCCGUGAGCUCUCGCGAGAUGUCGCAACAGUCGAGCGGUAGGCGAAAGCCACUAGCUAUACCCUCUACGAGAUGGCGCGCGCCCGCGGGUCAGAGGGGUUAUCUGGAGGACCGUCUCUCGAAGCUGGCCGUCACUAGAGAUAUUUCGACCAGCAACAACGGCCAGAACAGUACUCGCACGGGCGCCGUGCACGUACCGCAAACGAGUCUCGGUAUUCUAGAGCGCACGCUGAAGGCGAAAGUACCGGAGCCGCUCGUUCCCCCGCCUCCCGAGCAACGUCACGGAGAUGGUCGGUCUGACGAUGGCGGUCUGAAUGUUGAGAGUACAGCUAAGGCCUCGCCCUCCAAACCUAAAAAGGUUUGGUUAUACGGCGAAUGGAUACCGGUUUCCCUUCGGCAGCUUGGCCUCACCGUGCAGUUCGGACAUUGGGCAGGAGAGCGUUGCAGCCUGCAGCGCCACGUCAGCGACCGGUUCGUCGUCGUGCAUACGAACGGGAUACAUGAGGUCCGCGUCGCGUUUUGCGGUUGCAGCAGGACGAAGGUGCACCGACGCGAUCAAUUACUCGCGGCUCGUUGGUACCCGGCUACGACGGAGAAGCCCAAGACCGCGGCCACGCUUGAAGUGCUCGAGCAGUUCGAUGCUCACAGCGCUGCCGGUAAAGACAACGCGUACGACUUCUACAAUGCGCUGGAGCACCUUACCGACGGCGCCGGAAUCUUCCAUCUCCCCGAUCGCUCCAAAGAUUUCCUACGCAUGGCUCACGAACAUCGACAUCUGCUCGCGCUCAAACGAGGUGGUCGCGGGCACGACCCAUCCGGCGGCGUGGAGCGCACACAGCACGGCGAGCUGGCCGUGCUAUGUCCUGCAUGUCCUCACAAAGGGAUCAACACCGAAGGCGUCGUGGAGUUCCUGAAACGAUUCGCUCCGGAGUUGGCAGAGGAUCACGCGACAUUCAAUGACACGGUUCAUCUUGCUAUGGACUGCAACUUUCGCGCUAAGAAUCGUAUGACGCGAUCGACGCAGGAGACUAGCCCUUAUCUUGGAGACGGCAUGGCAUACAUGGUACCCGAGGCCUCGUAUGAAGAGUACACGAAGAACAGCGCGUACGACACCGAGUUGAGUAGUUGUUCGCGCUUCGGUGCUACGAUCUUGGCCAACCUCAAAAACGGGAAAGGCCUGAGAACAACAGGCAUCGGCGCCGUUUUCUGUGCGCGUCACGAGUUCUUUUGGCCUAACGCUAUCGGUACUUUGAUCAAAGGCGAGAGGUACUGCACGAUGGACUACAUACUGGCGGCUGCGUUACGGCGCUUGCGCGCUAGCAGUCUGAGGCUCUACUACGAUAUCGUCUGCCAGUACACGCGGAAUCUCAACCUUCGAAUGCUGGAAGUCGAGCGGAAGUCGUUCAUCUACGCGGGUGCCCAGAAACUAUUGCAUCAGAUCCAUGUGACGUUCGGCAUCCCCAAAUUCCAUAAUCCCGGCCACCUCGUCAUGUGCCAACUAUACUUCAACCUGUCGUACAUCAAAGGGACUGGAAAUACGGACGGCGAGGCUUCCGAACGCGCUUGGGCUGGACUCAAUCCGGCCGCUUCCAGCUUGCGAGAAAUGGGACCCGGAACGAUGCGCGACACGAUCGAUUUCUUCUGCAGCGCGUGGAACUGGCGAAAAUUUGUUAAUAUGAGUGAAUCGCUGUGUCGCAAGAUGGACUUGGCGCUGGCCAUGGCUCUCGAGCACUGUGAAUUGUUCACCGCUCUUCUCGGCGCGGUGCGCAGGGAGAACUCCCAAACGGCUGACGUAUGGUUGGGUGAGGGGGAGGAAUACGACGCUCGUGAUGCGCUGGACGAGUUCGGGCGCCCGAUCACGUCUGACGCGGAUGUCAAAAAUCCGUUUGAAUCUCGCACCAAGAAGCAAUCGCUGGAGAGGGCGCGUCUCCAGAGUGCUUCUAUCGCCGCUGCAACGCAGGCAGCCACCCAGAGCACGGACGCGGACAAAGGUGCCAAGAACAAGACUACGGCACUGACCAACUUCAUCGUGCGCGCAUUCAAGGUCGAGAUACUACAACGCCGCGCGAGCGUCACGCCAGCCGACGCGCGGACCUACAUCCAGAAGCGCGAGCGCAUCGAGCAGGUGUCCGAUCUCGAUCGCCAAGUGCGGCUCUUCAGGAAGGAUCAACAGUGGAUCAUGCCUUCGGUGUACGCCGCCAUUCAAGAGCUGGAGGGAGUUGACGCGGCACGCUCGACGAUGCGGGAGGACGACGGCGCCGACGGCGACGAGAGUGAACAGCACAACGCCCAGCCGCGAUCCCUACUCUAUCUACCUUCCGAUCUAGAUCAGCCGCUGGCGCGCACCAUGCUCGACGUUCUCAUGGAGGAGCUGAGGCUACGUUACGCGGCGAUGGAAGAUUGGCUUGAUGUUCUCCGGCAGCAAUUGCGAGUGCGGGGCACCGUGAGGCAAUGGAAGGUUUCCUUCACGACCGGGCAGCGCAUGGCUACGCGCACGAUCAACAAACAACGCGUCAUUCAAGAGAACGUCGACCAGGCCCGUGACAUGUAUCGCUGGCAUCGUGAGCGGUAUGCAAAGCUGGCGUCGUUCCUCACCGACGAUGAGCGCAAGGAGUUCGUCCCGGCCUUGUGGGAGGACCUGUUCGAGCCGCUCGCGGAUGAAGACUGCCGUCCGCUGAACAAUAGCCUGUUGAUCGCGAUCGAGUCGGCGGAGGUGCAAUACGUCAAGAAGCUGAUAGCCAGCAGGAGGGACGGUGUUGCCACAGGACAGAGCGGGUACACGAUACCGUGGAUUUGGUAUAAGGUGUCCGAGGGGACGGAAAUGGAACUGAACGAUGAUCUUCGGGUGGAGUUUAUGAGAUGCCGCGCUCGAGCUAUGCGAUGGGUGGAGGAGGUAUACCAGCUGGCGUACGAGAUGGUACGCGUACCGUUCUUUUGCUCGUCGCGCUCGGUCUGGUGGCAGGAUAGAGCGGCGAUCGUGCGACCGGAUUUAGAUGCGGUCACACAGGACGGCGUGCGGUCAUACGCGAAAGGCCAAGCGUCAAUGUUUCGUAGACACGCGCGCGGCUUCGAGGAGAGGUUUGCGGGCCCGCUGAAGAAAGCCGCGGAAUUCGCGCGUCUUCACGGAUUGGACGGGUUGAUUAGGAGUGUCGUACGCGAGACUGUUGUUUCGGAGAAAAACUGA